GGAUGAGGCGCCGGUGUGCGGAGAUACCGAGAGACAGUGCAUUCGGGGGCCCGCGGACCACCCGGCCCCCUCUGUUCAAGUGGGUUUCGGGGUGGGUGAGGAAGGCCUCUCUGCGGGGAAUCUGUGACGAGGAGUGGAGGUUUGGAGGCUCGUAGUCUCCCUGGGGGCGGUGGUUAUGGGGAUUCCUGUGGGGUGCGAAGGCUGCUCCUAGGGGAGGCCCCGGCCUGAGGCGGGGGGACCCAAGCAGAAUGAGGAGGCAGAGACGGGACAGAGAGAUGGAGACCGCGAUGCUGAAUCUGCGGAAUCUGUUUGAGCAGAUUGUACGCCAGGCUGAGAUUCUCAAUGAAGGAAAUGAACUCCAAUUUAUCCAGUUGGCAAAGAAUUUUGAAGAGUUUCGCAAGAAAUGGCAAAGGACAGAGCAUGAAUUGGGAAACUACAAGGAUCUUUUGAUGAAAGCAGAGACAGAACGUAGUGCCCUCGAUGUAAAACUGAAACAUGCACGAAAUCAGGUAGAUGUAGAGAUCAAACGGAGACAACGAGCGGAAGCUGACUGCGAAAAGUUGGAACGACAGAUUCAGCUGAUUCGGGAGCUACUCAUGUGUGAUGCAUCUGGCAGCAUUCAACUAAGCGAGGAACAAAAAUCAGCCCUGGCUUUCCUCAACAGGGGCCAGCAGUCUAACGGCAAUGCUGGGAACAAAAGACUGUCAACCAUUGAUGAAUCGGGCUCCAUUUUAUCAGAUAUCAGCUUUGACAAGACUGAUGAAUCCCUGGAUUGGGAUUCUUCUCUGGUGAAGACCUUUAGGCUGAAGAAGAGAGAAAAGAGGCGUUCCAACAGCCGACAGUUUAUAGAAGGCCCACCAGGACCAAUAAAGAAAACUCGUUCCAUUGGUUCUACAAUAGACCAGGGUAAUGAAUCCAUAGUUGCAAAAACCACAGUCACUGUUCCCAAUGAUGGUGGCCCUAUUGAAGCAAUAUCCACUAUUGAAACUGUGCCCUAUUGGACAAGGAGCCGGAGGAAAACAGGCACUUUACAGCCUUGGAACAGCGACUCUACACUGGCUAGUAGGCAGCUGGAGUCCAGACCAGAGACUGACAGUUCAACUACUCCACAAAAUAAUGGAGGCAUGCGCUUACAUGAAUUUGUUUCUAAGACAGUUAUAAAGCCAGAAUCAUGUGUUCCUUGUGGAAAAAGGAUAAAGUUUGGAAAAUUGUCCCUAAAGUGUCGAGACUGUCGAGUGGUGGCUCAUCCAGAAUGCCGGGAGCGUUGCCCUCUUCCUUGCAUUCCAACACUGACAGGCACACCUGUCAGAAUUGGAGAGGGAAUUCUGGCAGACUUCGUGUCCCUGACUUCACCAAUGAUCCCCUCCAUCAUUGUCCAUUGUGUAAAUGAGAUUGAACAACGAGGGCUAAAUGAGGCAGGUCUCUAUAGAAUCUCAGGUUGUGACCGGACAGUAAAAGAAUUGAAGGAGAAGUUCCUUCGAGCAAAAACCGUGCCCCUUCUUAGCAAAGUAGAUGACAUCCAUGCUAUAUGUGGCCUUCUUAAAGAUUUUCUUCGGAACCUCAAAGAACCUCUUUUGACCUUUCGGUUAAAUAAGACCUUUAUGGAAGCAGCAGAAAUCGCAGAUGAGGACAACAGUAUAGCUGCCAUGUACCGAGCUAUUGGUGAACUCCCCCAGGCCAACAGGGACACAUUAGCUUUCCUCAUGAUACACUUGCAGAGAGUUGCUCAGAGCUCCAGCACAAAAAUGGAUGUUUCCAAUCUGGCUAAAGUCUUUGGUCCUACCAUAGUUGCACAUGCAGUGCCCAAUCCUGACCCUAUGACAAUGCUACAGGAUACGAAACGCCAGCCCAAGGUGGUAGAACGCCUGCUUUCUCUGCCACUGGAAUACUGGAGUCGAUUCAUGAUGGUAGAACAGGAGAAUAUUGACCCAAUACAUGGCAUUGAGAACUCCCAUGCCUUUUCUACACCACAGACACCUGAUAUUAAAGUGAGCGUAUUAGGACCUCUGACUACUCCUGAGCAGCAGAUCAUCAAGACUCCUUCAUCCAGUUCACUAUCCCAGAGAGUUCGUUCCACCAUCAGUAAGAAUACUCCUAGGUUUGGAAGCAAAAGCAAGUCAGCUACCACCCUGGGACGUCAAGGCAACUUCUUUGCCUCUCCAAUGCUCAAGUGAAGCCACUCUACUAUCCUUGUUUCUUCUUUGGCAUUUUUAUGCUGCCAGAAAACCCACACCUGGAAUUCAUGUUUUGUGGCCUCCUAUAGUCGCUGUUAUUAUUCUCCAGGCUUUUGAGCACACUUAAUUGUGCAUGGAGUUUUUAUUAAAACAUUAUAUAGACAUACACAUAGAUAUUUUCAAUUGAAGUAGUAACACCUAAUAGUUUUUGUUAACUUUUAAGUGAGAGAAGAUCUGUGCAGGGUAGGGGUUGGAGGGAUUCUUUAAAAAUACUAGAUUUGUUGUUUGGUUGUUUUGGGUUUUUCUUUUUUUUUAAAGCUUCCUUUUUACCUAAAGUUUCAAUGCUGCCCAUGAAAUGACCCAGGUCUCCCAAGAAUUUUUCUCUUGUGAGAAUGGCAAGAAUCCCAUCUCUUUGACAAGGCUGGCUUGUCUUAGGGGAAAGUGGAAGUGGGGAGGGGGAGGGGAUAGGAUGGGGAGAAAUAAAGGACUCUCAGCUUCAGCAAACAUUAACAUUUCCUUUAUCACUAUACCUUACUCCAUUCUAAACUAUGAUAGUUUGGUGUGCCAGAUAGAAAGAUAGCAUGCUUAUACUAACAUGAUUUGAUUAGCUCUUGGUAUUAAGUGGGCACAGCCUUGUAAAUACGAUACUAAAGCUUAUAUUUAUGUCUGGUACAGGACUGGAAGUUUCCAUUAGUCGAGGUCAAAGCCAGUCUGUCUUUUUAAAAAUGAAUUUCUGCUGGCACUUGACCCUUAUCUUAUCUUAUAUAGAGGGACCUCUUCUGGAGGUCGGUAUAUUUUCUGUUGGGUGCCCUACCUGAUGGUCAAGAGAGUAGAAUUUAAAGUGAGUAUUAGCACAGCCUUAUAUGACAGAGUAAGUAAGCACUGGUCAUUUUUUUCUUUGCACUUUUGAUGCUGGGAUUUGCCCCUGGAACAUGUGCAUAUCUCCAGGGUUUUUCUUCAAAAGACCUAUCCCAAUAUUUGUAAAAAUGGUUUCUUUUGUUUCCAUAUCUCAGCAACUGUACUGACCUUUGUCAAAUGCAGAUAUUUGAAAUGAUAGCUUUGAAAAAAGUAAACUGCUUUUUCAUUAUGAA